UCAUAAGAGGAACAACGGGAAAUGUAAGAAACGUAUGCAUUCGAAGAAGACUAAAUAUGAGGAUAAAGAAAUUGAAGAUACAUCGUGGUUGUGUUCAUCAUCUGAGGAAGAAGAAGUCAGAUAUCAUAAGAGGAACAACGGGAAAUGUAAGAAACGUAUGUAUUCGAAGAAGACUAAAUAUGAGGAUAAAGAAAUUGAAGAUAGAUCGUGGUUGUGUUCAUCAUCUGAGGAAGACGAAGUCAGAUAUCAUAAGAGGAACAACGGGAAAUGUAAGAAACGUAUGUAUUCGAAGAAGACUAAAUAUGAGGAUAAAGAAAAUGAAGCUAAAUCAUGGUUGUGUUCAUCAUCUGAGGAAGAGGAAGUCAGAGAUCAUAAGAAAAUCAACGACAAAUGUAAGAAAUGUAAGUAUUACAAGAAGAUUAAAUAUGAGGAUAAAGAAAAUAAAGGUAAAUCAUGGUUGUGUUCAUCAUCUGAGGAAGAAGAAGUCAUAGAUCAUAAGAAGAACGACAAGAAAUAUAAGAAACUUAAGUAUUCCAAAAAGACUAAUGAUGAGGAUAGAGAUAUGAGAAGGAGACGACAAAGAGCAACUGAGAUGGGUGACGGUUCCAGUCGGAAAAUCCUUUUUUCACAAUUGUUUUACAGCCAUCUUACAUCACCCACAAAUACCUGCCUAUACCUGCUUCCUUUGAUCAGCCUCACUUGCUAAGCCGCGGAAAAAGAAUUAAAGCUCAUGUUGAGGAUAAAGAAGAAUACUGGCUACUGAGUUUCCCAAAGAAUAACAAAGGAAGGUUAACUAUUGGAGUUCCAUCUUUUCUGAAAGAUAAUGAUUUGGUUGUAGGAGAUGUUAUAACUGUGGAGAUAAUGGAGGAGAUGACGUCCAUAUACCUUGAUGCCAAAGUUCAUAUUUUUCGUCCUGUUAAACUACUAUGUUAUUGAGAAGACUUAGUUAA